CAACAAGGGGCUUUUGAAAAGAUCUUGCCCUUUUAUCUCCUUUUCUCACUGGAAAGCACCAAUCUGGUCUGCUUUUGACGUCCGCAGCGCUAUGGCUACUGUUAAAGCGCCGACUCCGAACUCGCCGCCGCAAGCCUGUCGAAGGACCUGGUCUCACCGAUCCUCACCAAACCAAGAUACUCGAUGCCGCCGUCUACUUAGAUGACCCUGGGAUGGAUAGCAUUGGCGCAGAGUCGCGUAACGAAGGAGGCGUACACGCCCCGCUCUGAGGCUACCCUUCCUGACCACGCCAGCUUUUUCACGAAAGCUGGUUGAAGUGCGAGAUGACACAAGAGGAUGGAAUACAAUACUCGCUGCAGAUUUGCGUGUUGUCAUGCAACAUGCUGACGCGUAUAGCGUUCAAUCGCCAUGCGGCUUUGUGCCGGAUUGAUGAGAGAAGGCCGGAAGAGAGUGAGUGCAGGAACGCGAUGCGAAAACGGACGGUGAGGAUCCGGUCCAACGAUCGAGAGUACGAUAGCUUCUCAGCCCAGCUCCUAUGGCAAGAGAUGUGUGUGCACACACUGUUUGCGAUAAUGGGUGAUGGUAGCCGCGCUGGAAGAUGGCGUCGACGAAGAUGCUCAGCCAGAGGAAGGAGUUGAGGUGUUCGGUUCCACCUCCGCACCCAGCAGCCCUAAGAACAAGAGAACUCGAUCUCCUCGAGACGACCAUUUGCCAACUCGGCUCCCUCCACAGCAUCAGCCGACAGAAUUGAUGACGAUACAUUCAAUGUUGACUGGCCGUCUGCAAGAUCGCAGCGAUCAGGAGGUACCGUCACCAGUCACGGAACGAAUGCUUCGCCCCUUCCUCCCUCAAGCGCACCCAGCCCAAGACCGACUGACUCUUCUGGGAAAUUCAGCCAACAACAGUGUCAUCCAUUCGGGACGACGUUGACAUCCAUACAAGAGGAAGACUGGGAUCAGAAAAUACUUACCACGAAGAGCGUCCGACUUGCAUCCGCUACCUUUUCCAGUGGGGGGUGUUGCGGAACGACAGAACAGUGGCGAAGGACGAAGCGGCUGAUGUGGCGGUUACUCCGGAAUGCUAUUGGCGACGGGUCUUGAAAGCCGAGCGCGAGCGGGUGUUGAAAAAGAAGAUUCCUCAGACUCGAAGCGUGCUCACGAUCAACUGAAGAGAUCCUACGGCGGAGGACGGCGCGCAAAGGUGACUGACUAAAGAGGAUCGGAAAACAGGACGGCGCAUGCUUGCGAUCGACUGAAGAGAUCCUGUGGCGAAGAGUGGCGCGCAGGCAAUCGAUCGCUGAGAGUUCUGACGAGAUGGAAUGUUCUUGCAAGUUUCUGCGGCGUAGGAUGGCGCGCAGGCGAUCGGUCUCGGAGAGGUCUGAUGACAAGGAGGAACUUUACUGCACAGGACUGCGCCAGUUCGCGAUCGACCGAAGAGAACAUGCCAGCUCGGCUUGGAUCAAGCAAGACUUUGCCACGCAGGACCGCGCAGGUUGGCGAUCGACCGGAGAGAGAGCUGGCGGGAAGGGCUGUCUUUGCAAGACUUCACUGCCAGGGACGGUAUGCAGGCCGAGAGUGACUGAGGCAGAGGACGGCGUGGUUGCGAUCGAUGCAGAGAGGCUGCGGCGCAGGAUCAAGUGCUUUGCGAUCGACGAAGAGAUGUUGCGACAGAGGACUGCGCAUACCCACAUUCGACUGAAGAGAAGUGCGGCGGCCAGGCCAGUUCAACAGAUGUCUAGCAGUGGGACAACGGCGCAAGCUGGCGAUCGAUCAAAGAGAAGUCCGGCGACCGGGCCUGUUCCACCGCGAUUUUACUGCACAGAUGACUCGAUCCUUGCGAUCGACUCAAGAGCAAUUCAAUGGCGAGGUACAGUUCAAGCAAGACUUUUACCUUACCCUCAC